AUGGCCGGCAUGGAGGCUGGGAUCCCUCGCAACCUUUCUCGGGCCAGUAGUAUCCGACGAGCGGCGCGCGAGGAGCAAGAUCUCCGCAAGGUCGCCAGUUUGCAUCAACACCAGCACCACCAGCACCACGCACGGCAACCGGUUCAGGAGUAUCCGCGGGAAUACAUGGAGACGCUUGGUCCUCGGGUUGUGCGAGCUGCCUCUUAUGCUUACGUUGAUCGUGGGGCAGCACCGGACCGAGCCCGCUACUACGACGAGCCCGCCGCUGCAGGAUACUCCCGACGGCUGGUUGUUCCCGCGGAGGAGGCCCCGGUAUCUCCGCGCUAUCGCGAGACGUACUACGAGGAGGAACCGGCCGGUCGGAUCAUGGCGCCGCCUCCGCCGCAGCGUCGCAUCGUGGUGGACGUGCACGGCAACCAGUACUAUGAAACGGUGGCGGCGCCCCGGAUGCAGACGAUGGUCCCGGGCGUAGCGACCCGGCUCACCAAGGGAGACGUGUAUGAGGAGCAUGUUCCGAUGCGCGCGGCAAGCGUACGGGCUGCUUCCAUCAUCGACGAUGCAUAUGGAGGAGAGAGAAGAUACGUGCAGGAGAUGCCGCCUCCCCCGCCGACCUACCGCCGGGUGCCGGUGGUCGACUACACUCGGCCGGCGGGCAGUGAGCAACCGCAUCAUCAGCAAGCUCCUCCUCCUCCUCAUCACUACAUUGACGAACGGGACACUCUCAUACGACCGGGCAGCGUGCAGGUGGGCGAAUAUGCCGUGCGGCGGUCGUAUGUGGACGAGCCGCAUGAUCUGGGACGGGAGCGAGUGGUACGCGUGUCCAGCGUCCGACCGACACACACACACGCACACGAGGAAUCCCGCGAAGGUGUGCAGCGCAUUGCGAGCGUGCGGCCUGGGGGACGCGAGGUGAGCACGUAUGUGGACGAAGAUCCCCGACGACCACGGGAGUACAUUGAACGAGCCGUCUACCUGACCUCUGCGCGCGGGGGACGGGAGGAGCGGUAUCUGGAGGCUGGCGAGGAAGGGUUGGACGAGUCUCGAGACGUGCGUCGCAUCCGGCGGUAUUAG